GCCUUUGCAGACUUUAUGCUGCUUGCUGAGGGAGCUCGCAGACUCUCGUCUACCAACACAGGCCAAAUUCUCCCCGGGGGGCACUGCAAACUCAGUUAAAGUCGUUUAACUGCAGUUAAAAAGUUUCGGAAAAGCCCAGAACAGCCCCAGGCCGGGCGGCUCGGGACCCCGCUGUCCCAGCGGCGGCUCCGGGGACAGGCCGGGGUUAGCCCGGGGAACCCCCGCCCGCCUCCGGCCAGCCGCCGCCGCCGGGUCACGGUGCUGGAACCACGAAGCGGCUUUUGUUUGCUUUCCCUCUUUUCCCCGAUUCCUCCUCCGAACUGACUGGCGGGCUCUAAGAUCUCGGCCAAGAGGAGCUGCGGGCGGGCACCCCCCGCCCCCGCCCCGCCGGGUGCCGGCCCGGGGAGGCGCCGCUCCGCUCCGCUCCGCUCCGGGCGGCUCCCUUGGCUCGGCGCCGCGCCGGGGUCACGCCUGCCCGGGGCGCGGCGCUGGGCUUCGCCAGCCGCCCGCCCGCCGCACCGCAGCCCCAUGUCCGCGCUCCCCGCCGGUGCCGACAUCAAGAGGGCUCUGGAGAACAGCCCCGAGACCAACAUCGAGGAUGAGCUGCCCGACGGGCCGCCGCAGCCGCGGCCCAAGAACUACCUGCUCCUCAGCAUCCUCGCCUGCUUCUGUCCCGCCUAUCCCGUCAACAUCGUCGCCUUCGUCUUCGCCGUCAUGGCUUUAAACAGUUAUAAUCAAGGAGAUAUAGAAGGGUCAAAAAGACUGGGUCGCAAUGCUCUCUGGGUUGCUGUUGCGUCAAUUAUCAUUGGCCUUGUCAUCAUUGGAAUCUAUUGCGUAGUUCAUUUCACAACGCAUGCUAUCUGAAGACCAGGACUGCACUUGGAGGAUAUCAUCAUGUAAAUCUCAGGAGGGGAAAAAGAAGAGAAGGAUACCCUUCAUUCCAGACUGCUAGAUUUGACCCUACAAGUCUUCAGAGGCAUGUUGCUGGUGGAUUAACUGAUAGUCCAGUUAGUUAAUCAGCAUGGCGUGACCAGGUUUUCAAAAUUAUUUAUUUAUAAGAAAUCUCAGUAUAAAGCAACAUUUUCUCUUUUACCCUAAUGUAUAAUGAGAUCCUUCCCUAACAACUCCAUUUUCUUUCUCAUUUACAUGGAAUGUAUGCUGGAUACAUGAUGUUCCCUGGCUGACCCUAGCCAGACAAAGCCAACAUAUCUAGACUGUUUAUAGUGCACAAUAUAAGACCUGAUGCACAGCCUGCUGAAGCUAGUAGAAGAACUCCUGUUGCCUCCAAUGGGUUUUGGAUCAGGCCAUUAAGGAUUUUUUUAUUACUUUAAAAUAGUCUCAACAUAACACAGUCAUAAGCAUGGGUUUGUGAUUUUAUCCUGUUAUGUGAUUUUAUAAUGCCGUGGGCAUACACUGACUCAGCGGCUGCUUUCUUCUGCCAUUCUCUGCUUUUAGGUCUUUUACCUUGGAUUUUUAACCACCUGGGACCGAUUUCAAUCACUUCAUUAUUAAGAGACACUCUUCUUCCAUAUUUUUCUUAAUGAUUUAUUUUUGUUUUGUUGUCUUUCAUUGUUGAACUCCCUUGACUUAGCUCCAGUCCUGCAUUAAAGUUGCACUGAUCAUAUUUUCCUCUUUCAACUUCACGUAUGUAAAAAAGUUCCUAUUUUUUUAUCUGACAAAAGAUCUUUUUAAAUAGAUGUUCUUCUUCAUCCCUUUGUUAUUGUUCCUCUAGCAAGUCACAUAGUUUCAUUGUGUUUUGCUUUGUUCAUGUCUUAUUUUGUUUAGUUCAUCUUCUCAUCUUGCUAUGAAUAGUCUAUAUAUCAAUGCAGUUGGAGAUGGACAGACUUUUGUACCCUUACAUAGUUACACACACUCUUUCUGAUCCUAAGACAUUACUCUGUGAACAGCAGGUUCACAUACAGGUUACAGUAUUGAUGGCCUCUAAAUUACUGCAGUUUCUUGAUACCUUAAGAAAAUUUAGCAUGGGACAGCUGUUUUUUAUUAGCUAAAAACUGUUUGAAAGAAUAUAUUUGUUUGUCACACAAAUAUUCCAUGUUAAAAGGAGUAAGCUCUGGCAAGCAUUAAGACCGAGGGCUACAUCUUCAGCAGUUGUUGCUCCAUUUGCUUUAAUUGUUACUACAUCUUCAAGCAAGCUAUGCUAACUUAUGCUUACUUUCCUUGCACUAACAUAAAUCUCGACUGACUACCCAGAAAUGCGUGGGGGUUUUGCAGGUGCAAGUGAGAAAAGAAUCAUGCCUGGCAGGAGUACAACUACCUAUUAAAAAAAAAAAAAAAAAGUCUCCCAGAAACCUUUACUUGUUAAAGCAUAUGCCUGGAAGUAGCAUGUAUUUUCUGUGCCUUGAUACUAUACUUUUAAUGUGCUUUUUCGCUUUUCUUUCUGCCAAAUCCUGUUUUUCAUUAAAGUCAGUGAUGCAUCACAUAUCCUUAAUUACUCCAGUAUAAAACUUAAUGAACACUGGUGAAAUCAGUUGAUUUCUUCAGCACUUACACUGAUCGAAUUUUUCCACAUGGGAAUCUUGCCACUGAUUUUGAUGAUCCCAAGAACUGGCUGUUCUGUGAAUUCUUCUUCAGUUUUUGGAUACUAUUCCAAUGGUCUGAUAUGUCUUGUGGGACUUUUAGUAGCUUGCCUUAUAACCAAAUAUGAUAGAACUGUCAUUGAGAAGUGGAAUAAAAUUACUUUUAAUUCAUGUCCA